UGUUAACCACAUGGCGUCAAGAAUAGGUUUGUACAGCUUUUUCUGUUAACCAAAUGGCGUAAAGAAUAACAAGAAUGACGACACGAGUCAUAACAGAAUCUGUUGAUAAAAAGCAAAGGAAAGCAAAUGGUUUCCUUGAGUGAUGAGAUGGGUGAGAGGUACCUGAUAGUGCAGCCUGCAAAUGGUGGGAUUACGGACCUCGUUAGAUACGGGAUCUUCAACAACAAAGCGAGCGGUUCUAAGUUCCUCCUCCAACAGCAGCAGCAGCAGGAGGAUGAUGAUGAUGAUAAGAAUAAGAGGUUUGUGAUCAUAGUAUCGAUAAUAAUGAGGAAGCUGAUAAAGGUGUUGGGUAAGCCCAUGGAGUGGGCAGGUUACGUUGUCGACUUCAUACUAAACCUCCUCUCCCUCAACGGCGGCCUCCUACCUCUCUUUGCCAAUCUCUUCCAAGGAAAGAUGGUCAUUCCAGAGAGAGGGACGGCAACAUUUAUCAGCACGAUUGGGCAUAUUGAUGGGCGAAUAAAUUUGGAGGCAGAACAGAGGGGCAUUGAGUUAGAACCUGGGAGCAGGUCACUUAUGGACCUAUGUAUGAUGGCUUCUAAAUUGGCCUAUGAGAAUGCUGCUGUUAUUAACAACGUUGUCAAUCUACACUGGAAGAUGCAUUUCGUUGACUUCUACAACUGCUGGAAUGAAUAUCAAAAGGAGAGAUCAACCCAAGUGUUCAUAUUUUGCGACAAGCCAAGGGAUGCAAAUUUGAUAGUGAUCAGUUUCAGAGGGACAGAGCCAUUUGAUGCAGAUGACUGGAUUACUGAUUUCGAUUACUCUUGGUUUGAGAUCCCAAAUAUAGGAAAAGUCCACAUGGGUUUUCUAGAAGCCAUGGGUCUUGGGAACAGAUCUAACGUGUCUUCCUUCCAGGAGCUUCUUCAAGCAACCAACACAGACGUUUUUCCAGCGAUGGUGGAGACGAGUGCAUAUUUUGUUGUGAGGAGCAAGCUCAGGAACUUACUUGAGGAGCAUAGGAAUGCAAAGUUUAUGGUGACGGGGCAUAGCCUAGGUGGGGCCCUUGCCAUAUUAUUCCCGACAGUUCUCCUGUUUCAUGAGGAAGAGCUUGUUUUACAGAGGUUGUUAGGUGUACACACGUUUGGGCAGCCAAGAGUUGGGAACCGCGAGCUAGGGAGGUAUGUGGAAUCAAAAUUACAACAACCCACUCCCAGAUAUUAUAGAAUGGUCUACUGCAAUGACCUUGUUCCGCGCUUGCCUUAUGACGACAAAACAUUCUUGUAUAAGCAUUUUGGGGUGUGCCUUUACUACGAUAGCUUCUUUGUCCAGCAAAAAGUGGAUGAAGAACCAAACCCGAACUACUUUGGGUUGUGGUACCUGAUUCCAGAGUAUCUGAAUGCUGUAUGGGAAUUAGCGAGAGGUGUGGUAAUGGGAAUGGCAUACGGGAAAGAGUACAAGGAGUCUUGGGAAGGCAUAAUGACGCGGAUCAUAGGUUUGGCCAUUCCUGGCCUUUCUGCUCAUGCCCCUCCUAAUUACGUCAAUUCCAUAAGACUUGGAACCUAAAAACAUCAUCAUAUUCACAUGCAAAAUUACUCUCCUUCUUCGACCUGUUAUUUGUAUGUUAUAUAGAUAGAUAUGUUUCAUACAGAAACACAGAUAAUGCUGCGAGAACGAGUUUUAUGCAUUUCUAUUUUUCAUUUCAUUUAAAUAUAAUGGUAAUCUUGUCUGGGUUUUUAUCUAAUCGACAAUUAAAGAGAAAAUGUGUAAAAAUUGUGGUCCAUGUAUGUUCAAUUUAUUGAACUUGUACAUGUAUGUGUACAUAUUUAUAACUAUCAGUUUAUGCUACACCCAGGUUAGGUUAUGAUCCAUUUACUAAGUAAUGAGUUGAUAUUGAGCAACGCUAGCUAUUUUGGUUAUAGGUUCAUUUGGUCUACUAAAUUGUACAAUAGGUUAGUGGGUCCGCUCAAUUUGUACAAUAGGUUGCUGACUUAAAAAGAAUCUGAAUGGAUGAGCACCACCACCACCAUUGUGUCAUCACCCCAUGCAAGUGGCUGCCACCAUCACCUCCACCUCCACGGUCGCCGUCACUGAUGCCAUUCAUUGCCAAUAGCCACCAUAAAAGCAAAUAUAGAGGGUCAUCCGUUUGGUAAUUUUAUAUUCUAAAAUGACCCAUUUCAACGCGAACCUAUUUUGUUCGGACAAUCUUUUGCCCUGAACCAAGUUGAUGUUUGUUUUGACUUGAACUAAGUUGAUGUCUUUUUAAACCAAUCCGUUUUGACCUAAACUAAUUGUUGCGUCAGUGAUCUGACACUAACCAUGAUGAUGUUUUAGAGCUCACCACGUCUUCAGUUAGUAUUUAUGGAGUACAUUGGUUACAUAUAUUUUGGUUCGGCUCUCAGCUCUAGGUACUUUCUUAAAUCACACCACAUAUUUCUUGAUAUACUAUUGUUGGUCAAAUUAUUAAUUAUCAUAUUUCAAUAUUAUGUGAUGAAUUAAGUUUCAGCUUUUAGUAUUGUGUGACUAGUUCAGUAUCAGAGUUGAGUAGUAUUAGAUUUUAUGUUAUGAGGGAAGAGUAGUUGGAGAUGUAAGAUAAUGAACUAAUGCUUUUAAUAUUAUGGAUUAUGCUUCAAUUGCUGUUUGUAGUAGUGACAUGGGGCUGGUCUCAAAUGCAGCAGAUACAGGAUUGCAGUGGAAAGAGCAAGCCUGAUCAGCCAAGGUAUAACUGUGCAUGCCUGUAGUGUUCAAGAUUGGAUGAGACAGCGAGUAUGACUGAGAUUCUAGUUAAGAAACCAAAGUAAAACUUACAAUCAAGGUCUUUAUUGGCAUGUCAGUCAAAGGCAGGAGGCAUUAAGCUUCAGAUGAACUAUCAAUGCAAUGUGUGUGUGUGUGUGUGAUCAAUUGCUCUGAAUCGGUUUCUUCUGGUAUAUAUGUUUUAGGUAAAAUGAAGUCUCUAAUUAGAUACAUUUUCAUGAAUCUGUUUGUUUAUUCUGACUAAGAACCAUUUAUAUUAAAUUAACAGGCAUGUUUAUGAAACUGUGAACCUUGCAAAUAAAUAUUCAUUCAAUCGAUAAAUCUUCACAACUUUCGCCAAAUAUAUAUAGUCUGAAAUAUAAACAAUAGAUCAACGUGACAAACAAAGGCCAAAAAAUAAUAUGUAACAACGUGGUAAAAUUAUAGUACAGCAAAUUGAAAUUAAAAAACAAAAAAAAAAACAGCAUGAAUUAAGCAAACAACAUGUGGGUAACCAUUGCAGAGGGAAGUAUAGGAUUAAAAAAAUAAUAAUGAUAAAACAAAACAAAAGCAAUCCUUGACCCAUAUUGUAAGGCAACCUCAUUGGAAUAAUUAGCAUUUAGAUAUCAAUCUUUAGCCUUAUAAGACAAAACCGUAAAUUUGAGUGUCAAAUCUCGAGAUGGAGAUAAAGGAAUGCAGUAUUAUGCUUGACCAGACUGCAACCAUGGAUUGAGUAGGAAUUUUGACCCAACAACAUUAACAGGUGAUGCAAAACUAACUGCACCUUCAUUGAAGCUGAACAAUACAACUUUUUCAUACCAAUUUGAAGCUCUUGGUACUCAAAAAACUUUUUUUUUUUUUUAAAAAGGCCUCCUACCAGCCAUCAAACAUGUAUCUGUAUAUGUUCGUAUUUACCAGCCAUAGCUUGCAUUGUAUGAAGCUGAGAUAUGUCUCUUUCUUUAUACAUACAUUACAUAGUCAUCAGGUAAAAAUUCCUUUGCAGAAA